CAGCAUCAGUAAAUCUCAAUCCCUUUCAUUUAAUCAUCAUGCUCGACUCGAAUCAAUCUUGGCCUUUAUGGGGCAAUGACUCUCUCGAUGGAGCAUUCGAACUCGACACCCCCGGCGACAACGCAGUCGUGACCAAAGUAAAUCGCCCAUUCCUGUUCGGCUACCGUCCUUCAAAACCAAAUGGCCGCGGUAUUCUCAUACUCGGUGGCGGAGGCUAUGUUCAACUCAUGGUCGGCCGUGAAGGCGUCGCCGUCGCAAAAUGGCUCAACAGUCUUGGCUUCUACGCGUUCGUCUUGGUGCAUCGCUUCCCAAAUAGCGAGACGGGUGCCCAAGCGCCGUUGGAUGAUGGAAGGAGAGCUCUGAAGAUCAUGUCCGAGAGUGGCCUUGCACCGAAGGGGAUCAGCAUCUGCGGUCUUUCGUCUGGCGGUCAUCUCGGCGCUGCUCUCCUGGCGGACUACCCUCAAGUCUGGACGUCACCAGAUCCCGAAAUACCUCAGAUCGAGUUCGCCAUACUGGGUUACGGACCUAUCUCGACGAAUGCAGCUGGUCGUACAAUCAUUGAUAAUAAACCUCCUCUUCCACCAAAAGAAAAACAAGAACUCUACGAUGUUAUUCAACCAGACGUUCAGCUCCGAUCUCCUGCGCCACCCGUUUUCAUCGUUUACUCCAACAAUGAUCCAGUUGUACCUGUUGUCAACGCAUAUCGCUUAGCAGAGGGAUUUACAAAGGCUGGGGCACCGGUUGAGUUGCAUAUCUUUGCCGACGCGCCUCACGGAUUUGCGUUGGAUAGUCCGAAGGAGCUGCCUGUAUCAAAGUGGCCGGUUAUGUGCGAAGCAUGGCUGAAGCAGCACAAUUUGAUAGAAUGA